GCAAAUAUGUGUCACUACAUUUGUGUAACUGAUCGGAGAUUACAGUUUUGUGUUGUAAACUUUCUAUGAAAAAAUUUUUAUCGCCUCCUGCGAACGAACAAAACUGAGCUAUUUUUGUUAUACUGAAAUAUUUUUAUUGCGUAUAUUUGUAGCUUUUUUCUAUCAUAUAAUCCAGCUGAAGUAAAGUCUUAAUCUCUUCGCGCCACCAACGAAGUCCCACUCAUCUUUUACAAAUUCAAUUGCAAAAACAAACACUCUUCGUUAGCGCCGGCGGAGGCAAUAACAUUAGUGUGUUUUUUUUGUUUUUGCCAGUUGGUAUUUGAUUUCAUCGACGGCCAAUGGCUCGUUGCAACACAAAGGUAAACGGUAUAAAGAUCGCGCCGCAAACGAAAUCGAAUCAUAAUCAACUCAACACUCAAUCCAAACAAUACUUACUGCUGCAAGCCUGAAGAUGCGUACAUUUGUGGUCCUGUGCUUGGUUGCCGUCGCGUCGGCUCAAUACAACUACCCUCAACAAGGAGCAGUUGAUCUCUCCGGUUUAGCACCAAGUGGUGGCGCUCAACUCUCUCAGCCCAUCCAACCAGCACAGAAUGAAUACAACAAGGAAUUUUACACCUACUCGGCUCCAGAACAAGAAUUUAGCGAUAUUGGUGCCAACGACAACAUCGCCAACUCACUGAAAAAGAACUUGCGUGUGGUCUUCAUCAAGGGACCCGAAAACACUGGACUCGAGAAUGCCGCUUUGCAACUGGCCAAAUCGGCUGGCGAUGAGCGCACUGCCAUCUAUGUGCUUAACAAGCAAGCGGACAUCGGUGAUUUGGCCAAUAGAUUGAACUCGCUGCAGAGCAACAGCAACAAACCUGAGGUGCACUUCGUUAAGUACAGGACACCCGCCGAUGCUGAAAAUGCCCAACGCGCCAUCCAAUCGCAGUACGAUUCUCUGCCCGGCCCAUCCUCCAGCAGUGCUGGCGGUGCUGCACCGGUCCUGAACUUUGCCUCUCAGGCACCUCAUGCUGCUCCCGCCCCAGUUGCACCAGCCACCUCGUACAUUCCACCACAAGCGUCGUAUUUGCCUCCCGGCAGAAGAUUCUAAGCUUUGAUUUGUUGAUUUCAUUGUUGAUUAUUUUUAAUGAUUUGUUUUUUUGUUUUUUUAAUAGUUUUAUUUUAGUAUUUAAGAUGAGACAACACAAACACAAUAGAACAAUAGAAAAAUUACCUGACAAAAAAGUAAAGAAAAAAAUAAACAAAGAAACUGAAAUAAAUGAAAGAAUUGCCAUAUAGAAA